GAGCCAUAGGGGGGAGCAUCUGUGGAAUGGGAUGUGGGGCUGCAGGGAGCAUCCGUGGGAUGGGACACGGGGAUGCAGGGAGCAUCCUUCUCCCGUCGGGGGCCGCUCCGGGGCCGGGGGCCGUGGGGGGGGCCGGUGCGUCACGGGGCGGGUGCGUUGGGGCCGGCGCGUUACCGGUCCCGGCACAUCACCCCACCGGCUGCCACAGCAACGGGGCCCGGCCCCACCGGGAGGGGUAACCCCAUCCCCGCGGGCUCCGGGCAGCGGCUCCAGCACCCCGGACUCUCCGGGCCCCUCCGCACGGUGCAGGGCCGUGCCGAGCCGUCCCGCGUGGGUGGGCUGCGCGGCACUAUAAAGCGGCCCCACGGCAGCGAGAGGCGCGGUGCCAUGUGCGCCCCGGGGCUGCUCUGCCGCCUCCUCCUCCUCUUUCUCCUCCUCCUCCUCCUCCUGCUGCUGCUGGUGGCCGCCCCCGGAGCGGCCCCGGGCACCGGAGCGGCCCCACCGGGACGGCCCCGAGUCCGCCGAGGGCUCACCUACCCCGGGACGCUGUGGUGCGGUGCGGGCAGCAACGCUGAUGCCUACGAGCAGCUGGGGGAGCACCGGGACACGGACCGGUGCUGCCGGGACCAUGACCACUGCCAGCACGUCAUCCACCCCUUCACCGCCCGCUACGGGUACCGCAACCUGCGCUGGCACACCAUCAGCCACUGCGACUGCGACCGCCGGUUGAAGGAGUGCCUGCGGCGGGUGAACGACACGGCCUCGCGGGUGGUGGGCCAGGCUUUCUUCAACGUCAUCCAGGUGCCCUGCUUCGAGUUCGCCUACAAGGAGGAGUGCGUGGAGCCCUACCUCUACGUCUGGUGCAAGGCUUACAACACGGUGGCCAUCGCGGUGCCCAGGGAGCCGGUGCUGUACGAGUUUGGGGGGGAGCUGAUUGACCGGGCAGCGAGGCCUGGGGGGGUCCCUCUGAGCCCCCCAUGGAGCAGCGUGGGUGGAGGAGCCGUCCUAGGGGAGCCUCACGUGCUCAUCCACCCGCUGUCCCCCCCCAAGGCAGCCGAGAGGAAAGGGAAGAAGAAAGACAAGAAAAAGAAGGGGAAAGGUCUGAAAAAGAAAGGUCUUUCUGAAAAGGGGGGUAUGAGCCAUCCCGCAGCCGCGGCCUCCACUCAUCCCACUGCGGGACAGAACCCACCGGCCCCGCUGCCAGACGUGGGGGAAGUGGCCAACGCCGUCCUGAGCGAUGCCCCGGCGCGGGAGGGGUUGGGCAGGGAGCCAGUGCCAGCCCCCCCAUCCCCGGUCCCCACCGCCCGUGGGAAGAGGAGGAAGGAGAGGAACAGAAAGAAGAGGCUGAAGAGCAAAGCCGAGGCAGAGCCUGCAGGAGAGCCGCAGCCCUGACUCCCCCCUCACCCCCCGCGGGUCUUGGCUGUGUAAUAAAGUUGGUCGCUCGAGUA